AUGACCAGUCCGUCAAGUACUAUUCUUAUUGAAGAUGACGAACUACCCCUGAGCUGGCGGCCAACCGAUUCACAAGUCCAAAGAAGAUCUCCACGUACAUCUCUUGAGGUCCUGAUCGAACCAAACGAUGCUGCGAGUGGUAGCAUAGAACCGUCACGCAAACGCAAAAGAGCCAAAGGAAAAGGGCGUGACACUCUGGAUACCUGUUUCAGGAAGCUGCGCAAGACAUUUGACGAAGAACUUGGAUAUUUCGAUCAAGAAGUUGAAAGGCUGCAACAAAAAUUCCAGGAGAUCGAAAGGAAGCUUCUCCUACAGGAGGAGCGGUACCAAGAGGAACUUCGGAGCAAGCUUAUCCUACAAGAGGAGCGGCAUCAAGAGGAACUUCAGAGAGAGCUCCUCCUACAGGCAGAGCAGCAUGAAGUGGCGCUUUCCCAGAUACGCACUCUGAGAUGCAUCAUUUGCUACGAGCAGCCAGAUCGUUGGCAUGUGCGGGCAUGCGGGCAUUUGAUUUUGAUUUAA